GAUCAACCCGGAAGUAAAGAAGUGACACAACCGCUGGCGCUGUCGUCGAGCUUGGGAGACCGUUGAUGCGAAGCUGGGGGGAAAAAUCUCAGAAAGAGAGGAAGAGAACGUAAGAUAAUUGGAGCAGACAUUCGCUCUCAACCAUGGACAAGCUCCGUCGUGUUCUGAGCGGCCAGGAGGAAAAUGAAGAGUUGGGUCUCACUGCACAGAUCAUGGAUGCCUCCACUCUCAGCUACAGUACCAGGGUGAAAUGGUUUGUCAUCUGUUUUGCUGCAGGCGUCCUGUGCUCUAUAUUUGGCACAGCAUUGCUGUUUUUAAAAAAUGGACUUGUACUUUUUGCCAUCUUUUACACACUAGGGAACAUUGCGUCACUAGCAAGCACCUGUUUCCUGAUGGGACCGUUAAAACAACUGAAGCGCAUGUUUGAACCAACGAGGCUGAUCGCCACCGUGGUCAUGCUGCUCUGCCUCGUCUUGACAGUUUGUGCAGCAUUGUGGUGGCAGAGAAAGGGCUUGGCCAUCCUCUUCUGCAUUCUGCAGUUCUUGGCGAUGACUUGGUAUAGCAUCUCCUACAUUCCAUUCGCCAGGGACGCGGUAAUCAAAUGCGUCACCACCUGUCUGAGUUAAAAUGCCCAAGUCCACCAUCUCACACGAAGACUGGUCCCAGUAUACAAACUGCAAGCACCGUGGUGCUGUAAAAUAUCUAUGUUGUCUACACACUCACAGUAACUAUCAGACUCCUUAACGUUGUUGUUUUAAUACUGUGAAAUUUCUCUUUCAGCGUUUUGCUGGCUUGUGCUUAAUAUUACAUCACCAAUCAUCAGUGUGUUAUGUUUGAUAUGAGAAAGAUGAGAGUUUUUUACUUUAUAUAUUUAAAGAAAUUCCUAUUUUCUUUUGCAUUUUUUUUUACCAUUUAAGUGCAGGGAAAUGACUAAACUUUGCUAUACAGUACCUGUAAAUACUGAGUGCCUUACUGUUUUUCUUCAGUGUCCACUGUCAUAUGGAAAGACUUUUGCUUGCAUAAGGAAAAAAAAAACGUAUUUAAUUUGUCUCCCGCUUCUUCAGUGUGUUUUAAGACGUUUUUCCCAGAUAUGUUCUUCUGUCGCCGUUGAGCGUUGUCCUGCCGCUGGCAACAGAAGCCCUGCACACAGCGCUACACAAGAACACAUCAUAUCAAGUGCCGCCAUACCAGCAGCCCGAGACAAAGACCCACAGAACUGUCUAGUCUAAUAGCGCCGCUGUGAAGGUACACUGAUGUAAGCCCCACCUCACCCCACCCGAUCAGAUUACCUGAAAAAAGGGGUUCUUUUUAUUUCCUUUUUUUUCCUGUUUUUUAAUGCUUCUCGGAUGUUGUAAUGACUCGCUUUCAUCGUGCUUUUCUGAGCAUGGUGAUUUUGACGUGACCUAAUAACCCAAUAUACCUUGCACCGGGCUCCCUCUCUCGCUUCGCGAUGGCACAGCCUCCGAGGAUGCGGUUGCCAUGACAACCCCCGAACAUCCAUAAGCUCGGCCCAUCAGCCCCCCCCCCAGUCUGCUCUAUUUAUUGUCACAUGGCACACGGCCCAUUAUGUUAAUGAGAAAGCGUGUCCCAUGUUAUGGAACACCUUGGAUUAUGCCACCGGUGGUUUUAUAGAAGGUCAUGAACCUUUUUGCAGCUUUUGCCGCACAGCGAACAAAGGAAUUUAAAGCUGUGUUACGUGUUACUCCUCGCAUAUUUUAAGCCCUGCAGUAACUCAUUAACCCAUGUAAUGGCACGGGGAUUAUACUUGAGGUUUUCCAAACAUGCCUCUAGGUUUUCUUUGUACUUUAUGCUCGCUAUUAACCGGCGUUCACAUCUUGAGGAAUGCUGUGCCCUCAGCCCCCCCCUCCCCCCCCACCACCAUCCCAUCACCACCAAAGUCAUGCAACACCCACAUCGUUUCAUUAGGUGGUUGUAUAAUGUAAUGGCGGAUUAACAAGGACAAAUCUCCUCUCUGUAGUACUUGUUCAACACAGUUGGCACAAAGUCAGCAAAUCCUUAGCCUGCCAUAUUGGUUAUCCAAGUAAUCUUAAAGGGAUGAAAUGACUCGGGACUCGAUUCUCCUCCUGAGUUAGGGGAUGUUGGCUGUUUGUGGAAUGAGUUGUCUUUUCUCAUCGUUGAGCAUUUUGAUUUUUUUGAUUUUUAAUUUGCAGUUGCAAUAAAAUUGAAAGAUAAAGAGGAAAGACCCCAGACCGGCAUUUUGAGUUUCUGUCAACAUCCUGUUACUCGGGUCUUAUCUCCUCCCGGCUCAUCUUAGCCUUAUACGUUGGACGAUACCUUGUGAUCGUGUUUUCCCUCAUCUGAAAGAAGUCGCCAAAAAAGUAAUUACACACCGAGAGUCUUGCUCGCCUCCUCUCCACGUGUUCUCUGAAGAUUGAAGACGCUUGUAAAAUUUAAUAAAUAAUGCUGUUUUACACACUUGUUGACUGCCGUGCCAGUUUCAACUGUCAAAUUAGCAAACUUGUACACAGUUCUCCACUUUUAAUCACCUAUCUUGGCAAAUCUGUAUGUUUAUAUUUUCAGCAUGCUUACCACGGAUGAUUAAGGCUGUUUAUUGAUUUAUUGGAUGGUCAAAAUG